GGUCAAUCGUGAUUAUUGCCCGUAGGAGGGACUUUGAGGUAUGUCGUCCCGAGGUCGUGGUUAUUAUGGACGAGUGAGCUACAGUGGUGGUAGAGGUAGCGGAUACAGAGGUUCUUAUAGAGGCAGUAGCAAUCGAGGCAGUUAUGAAAGCCGUGGAGGCCGUGGUGGUGGCGCAAGCUAUUCAUCAUACAAUAAUGAUACUCGUUAUAAUAGCGGUGGAAGGAGUUACAACACCAGUCGUGACAGAGUAGAUGAAUCUUACAAAAAAACAUAUCGAAAUGAAAGCUCUGUUAACUAUUCAAACAGAGAGUAUGGAGGUAGAGGAGGAUCACCAGAAAGAAAAAGAAUGAGGAUGGAGGGACCAGCCGAAAGACGUAGCCAUGACGGCGGCGGCGGUCAUUACGGCGGGUCCUACAGCUCAAGGCAGGAAAAUUACGGAGGCGAAAGGAGGUCCUUCGGUGGGGAUGAACGAAGACGAUCGCCCGCCAGAGAAAGCUACCGCAAACCAAGCGGUAUGGGCCCCCCGCGAGAGCCGCGCAUCGGCACCCGCCCGCGCCGCCCCUUCCGUGGCCGCACUCUGCGCUCGCGAGCAUCCUAUCGCGGCACACCGCGCUCGCGUGCCUCCUUUACGAGGCGGUUCGCUGAUAGAACCCUCAAUUACAACCGUGCCUUUAGAAGCGUCAAGGGACGCAGUUCCAUCAAAUCCAAAGAAGAAGCAUCCUCAACUGAAGAAGAUUGGGAUGCUGACGACAAGGAAGAAAUAACUGAAGAAAAGAAAGAACCAAAAAAUAAGUCACCAAAGGUGGAGGCAGAAGAUUCUGAUGCUGAAGCUGCUGUUGUCGGUGGAGUUGCUGGUGAUGAUACAGAUAAGGAGCCCGAUGCCGCCUCCGAUACUGCGACGCGGCCCUUUGUUAAUCUUAUGUGUGUUCACUGCAAAGAAAAAUGCCCCACUUUUGCGAGGUACACAAAACAUUUGGUGUCAGUGAGACACCGCGCAGCGAUGGGUGUGGUGGCACGGCGCCACAAGACUCAGCUACUCCGCAUGCGCGUGGCCCAACGCGUGGCUCAACGUGAACUGGAAGCAGCAGCAGGCGCUGAUCUCGCCGAGCGCACGACAUUCUGUCCCGUAUGUCGCCUCAACCAUCGCACCACGCGCGAGGCUCACAACCUCACCGAUACUCAUCGAGCUAUGAAGCGCUUCCUUAUGCCCUUCUGUCGAAUUUGUCGCACUACAUAUCGUUCGCCUAUGAUCUAUGAACAUCAUAUAUGUUCGCUCGAACAUCUUAAGAAAAAAGCAAACAAGUCUUUACGCCGUGCGAGUCCAAAAGCUGAGGGUAGUGGUGAUGAGGGCAUGAAUGUUGAUUUGGAUAAUUUCAUGACACUUGAUUCUGUUGGUGAUGUUGAUGAAGUCGAGGAUGAUGACUCGGGAACAGAAAAAAAAGAUGAAGGUAGUCCAAAAAAAACAAAAGCAGAAAUUAACAUUGGAAGUGAACACAUUAAGAAGUUGGAGGUGUGGUGGUGUGAGCUUUGCCGCACAUAUCUAACGCGCGCCGAGACCGGUGGUGCCGAACUGACAGAGGUUGUGCGGCGCCACUGUCGACUUCGUCUCCAUCUCGGGCGAUAUGUGCAGUACCGUGACACUCGCACGCUUCGGAAGCAUGCUGAGCGCAUUCAUCGACAGCUUCAUCAGCAGAAACAAGAUGUGGAAGAAUCUGCAAAUGAUGUUGUUGCUAAAGGUAAAGAAGAAAAAGAGGAAACUAUUGAUGAAGUUAAGAAAAAACUGGACAAUACUACUGAAACUUCAAAUAUGUCGGCAAAUGAAGACAAAUUGUGGGCUGAUGUUGAUAAAGACAUUGGAGAACUUCUUCGAGAAGUGGACCCACAAGGAAAUGAAGGAACUGAUGAUGAAGAGGACCUAGACAGAUAUGAAAAGUUCCGAAAAACCGAUACCAAAAAAGCUAAGAAUAUUGAGAGUGAAAAUAAUGAAUCCAUUGUCUUGAAUUCAUCGAGUGAAAAGAAAUCUGUUGAAGUUAAUACUUCUGCUUAAUAAGGGAGGGGUCACUAUAAAACUAAUACUAAAAAAACAUAAAAGUGCAAUGUGUCUUCAAAUCACCUGAGAAAGAAAUAAACUCAGGUUAAUACAAAAAAUGUCUCCGCUUAUAAUAUUGCAAACCAUAAUUGCUGUCACGUUUUAGUCACGUUAUAAAAUACUAUGAAUAUUCAGGUUUUUUAACUUCCUACACCCACUCCACAGCAUAUUUGUGAAAAAUAAUAAUUCACUAUUACUUAUAAGAAUGUAAUUUUGUGCUACAUACAAAACAAUCUACAAGAUCGUCAGUCUAAAAAAAUAAUGAAAUUAUGGUAUAAAAUACAUAAAAAAA